AGUUAAGUUUGUUUUUACCUAUAACCUGCUCAAGUCCUGCAGAAGGAUUUUUUUUUCAGAGAGCAAGACUAGUCCCAGUUACUCUGGCUUCCUACCUCAAGAUAUCUCUCUCAAAUAUUCUCCCAAGGUGUCAUUUACUGUGGUGUGACAUCAACAAUUUGGCCCUGACCUGAGUCCAUGUUCAUGAGACAGUAUAUUGCCUCUUGUCCUUUGACCACUAAAACAGUUAAAGACGGACCACAAUCCAGUGUGUAGGGUUAUGAGAGUGCUUUAGAGUGUUUGGGAUACAGGAUAUAGUAAUGUGAAUUUAAAAAUAUCUCAAACAUAAUUUUAAAAGCUAACAUACAGAUGGACAGUAAAUAUGUCAUUUUGUCAGUUAUGAAAUGAGCCUUCCAGGCUUGACAUCACAAUGGUCAGUCACUAUGACUAAUGUAGAAUCUUUAGGUCUCAGUGGUUGGUCUGCCAACUGCUCUGGCUGCCUUUGGCUUCUAGUGCCAAGGAUUAAGAGAAGUUUAGUCUACUGAAAGGCUCUCCAUUCAAGGCUUCACUGGAAAGGUAUUCUCUUAAGAACUAGUUCUGAUCCUUAUGAUAGAUGGGUGGGCUCGAAUUAUUCUGUCUUGUUUUCUCCAGAUCAUGUGAACUUGUUCUCCACUCAGCACAGCCCUCGUGAGAAACGAAUCAUUUUAUGAAGUUCAGUGCUGAUCCCCUCAGAAAGGAGAUAUCACGGUGUCAGGGGACAGAGGUCCUAGGACACGUGGGACUAAAGUGCUUGUAAAUGAACAUGCCUGACCAAGUUAGGAAGGAGGAUUUAUGUUUUGCUGAGCUUGGUCAUUUUGCCCAGUGUGAGCUUGAAGGCCAACAGAAUAGCAGUAGGACCUCAACCAAACAUCUAAGAACUUUCUGGUUCUCAGAAAUUUUUUAGUGUUUCCACAUUUAUUGUUGCUAACACCAAUUUUACAAAUUUGAACUCUGUUUUACCUAAGAUAGGAAUGGCUUUUCCAAACAUCCUUAUGUACUUGAAUUUACAUGAAACCAAGUGUGAAUUACUUUGGCCUUCAGUCAAAUUAGACAGCUGUUGCUUUCCACGACGUAUGAACAUCGCUAUGACAAAUAUAGGGGUACAGCUGGUGAUGCGAGUUACAGCGUGUGAAGGAGUAUCUCAGGUCAGACCCAGAUUCCUCCUGAGUUUGUGUCUGAAGUCGGGGCGUUUCAGCAUUAUGGACUUACCCUCCACCGCUGAAAGGAAAGCAAGCCACAGAAACAGCCUGUAUUGUUUCUGUAGUCAUUUGUUUACUCUGAACAUCACAAGGAGAAGAGGUUUUCAAUGCAUGGCCUUAAGCUUUUUGUGUGAUAUCUUGCUUGUAAUUCUUUGGGUGAGCACUAUCACCCCAGUUGGUGUAACCACACAGGAAUAUGUAUACACACAAAUGUGCACUGUAUGUUUAGGUAAACAUAAGCUAACUUGAUUCCUUGAGGGUUAAUCAGACUUUCUAUUUGUCUCUCAGCACUUCCUCUGCUUCUGUAGUGACCGUGGAAUCAGAGCCUCCCUCUCCAUGCUUCCCACUUUCUCCUUCAGAUCACCUGCUUCCUGCUGGUCCCCUUCACAGUCCCUGCCCCCAUGGUCCCUUUUUACUUCUGCUCUUUUUGCAGUUACUCCAUGUUGUAUAUUCAUUUUUGAGGAUUUUGAGCUAAGAACUGCAGACGAGAGAGAACAUGUGCUGUUUGUCUUUCGAUGUCUCUGUUAACUCUUACUAUAUAUUUUUUGGAUUUCCAUACAUGUAACUGCAAAGAUCAUGACUCUGUUGUUCUAUACAACUGAACAGUGUUCUUUUGUGUGCAUGUACCACAAUUUUAUUGUCCAUUCAUCUGUUGAAGGAUAUUCCAGUUGCUCUAUUUUCUAAAUGCUGUGAACAGAGCAACAGUGAACACGGCUCAGCAGGUGUCUGCGGAGUAGAGUUGAAGUUCUUUGUGCAUAUGCCGAGAGGUUGGCCAGCUGGGCCAUAUGGCAGAUUUCUCUAAGUCUCCAGACUGAUUGUCCGGGUGGCUUCUUAAGUUUUUAUAUCCACUAACAAUGAGUUUUCCUGGUUCCCCACACUUUUGUGUGUGAUGGCCUUUGUUUUGUUGACCUUAGCCAUUCUGAGUGGGGUGAGAUGAAAUCACAAACUUGUUUUUGAUUGGCACUUCAAGAACUGAUAAGGAAGAUGAGCACUUGUUGAGAUAUUUCCUAGUCAAAACUGUCUUAUUUGAGUCUUUCUUGAAGAUUGUAUCACAGUGACUUUUAUGAACAUAUAUUUAUGAAAACAUAUAAACAAAAAUCACAUAUACAUAUAUGCACGUAUAUACAAACAUACAUGUAUCUUGGCAAGUCCAAGUGAAAAAGACAGAGAAUGGAAUCAAUGAUUUAGUUAGAGUUAGAAAACUGAGUCUAUGGCACUCUUCACAUUUCUCAUAAACUUUAUCCUCCUGACCCCUGAUUAUGCUACUGACCUCUUGACUAUCCAAUUGACCUCUAUCCUGUGGCCUCUGACUAUCCUGUUGAACUCUGGCUAUCGUGGUGACCUCUGACUAUCCUACUGACCUCUGGCUAUCUUAUUGACCUGUGGCUAUCCUAUUGACCUCUGACAAUCUUGGUGACCUCUGACUAUCCUGGUGACCUCUGACUAUCCUAUUGCCCUCUCUCCUGUUGACUUCUGACUAUCCUAUUGCCCUCUUUCCUGUUGACCUCUGACUAUCCUGCUGACUUUUGUUCUGUUAGUGUUUGCCCUGUCACAGGAGAAGCCUCUUUACUGAGAUGGAAAUUCUAAAUGGGAAAGUCACAGAUGCGAAAAUCAAGAAUCAACCCCUGAUGUUCCAUGGAGAAGUGGAACUCAGAAGAGGCGGUGUCAGUAAGAAGUGUCACCUCUACCUGUACAGAGAUUUCUUGGUUGUGACGAAUAGUUGGUAUAAGAUAACCUUUAAGAUAAAAUAUGUCAUCCCUCUGACAUCCCUCUGGAUUGGGGACUGUGUUGACACAGACUUUGUAGGCCCCAGUCAGGCCAGGAAAUCCAUUUUCCUAGGCUGGCCCAUGGAGAACUUCAUCGCCGCUUUCCGGUCUGUGGACCAAAAAAGAGAUUGGUGGUGUUUCCUUGAAAGAUCUAUUAAACAGACAAAGGAGAAGUACCAUGGGAGGAGUACUGCACUGGAGAUAUUCACAGAUGACAUCCCGAGCUCGAACACUUCUUUCACUGUAACAGCAACACAUUUGGACACAGUGAAUGAUAUAAUCAUGAAGUUACAACCAUUGCUGGGAAUACCCAAUGCUGAGGAGGAUUACCAGCUGUGGUUCUCUUCUGGCAAGGAAGAAGCGCCAUGCCCACUCCUCGGACAUGAGAAUCCAUAUGCUAUCAAAAUGAGUGAACAUCAAAAUGAUGCAUUUAUGGCCCUGGGUCCAAGCAACUACACCGCUUAUCUCAACAUCCAAAAGGUGAUCCAGGAUAUGCAGGCCCCUCAUGUGCCAGGAAAACUCAUUCUAAAGCCCAAGGAAUCACCCCGAGACCAUCAGCAGAGGAAUGCAGAGACAACAGUUAGGAGACGCUCCCGCCUAAGACGGAUAUUUCGCCGUCUAGGGUCCACCUGCCAUGACUGUGCGUGUUUCCGUUCUCCAUCCCCAACUCCUGGUCGCCUCUUUAAUAACCCUCUAGGGGCUAUUUGUCAAGAUGGCAAUCUGCCAACUUCAAUUCUGACUAUGCUGUCUCUCCUGGAGGAAACUGGACCUGCUGUUGAAGGCAUUUUUAGAAAAUCAGGAAGUAUUGCAGAAUGCCAAGACCUUAAGGACAAGCUGGAUUUGGGAGAAGAAGUAGAUCUGAGGGAGAAAUCCAUCUUUGUCGUGUCUUCAGUUUUAAAGGAUUUUCUUCGAAACAUCCCUGGAGGAGUAUUCUCAUCUAGCCUUUAUGAUAAAUGGAUGGCAGUCACUGAUCUAGACAAUGAGAAGGAAAGAAUAUCUUCCAUCCAGAGUCUUUUAGAGCAGCUGCCAACACCAAACGUGGUCCUCUUGAGACAGCUAUUCCAGGUCUUACACAGCAUUGAGAGACAUUCGUCAACUAACUAUAUGACAUCUUAUAACUUAUCUGUGUGUAUGGCACCCAGUCUUCUGUGUGUGCCUAACCGUAGCAUGUUGGAAUUAGAAAAAGGAAUCUCAAAACAGAUUUCUCUUGUACAGUACUUUAUUGAGAACUUUGAAAAGAUAUUUGAAGACAACACGAAUAUACAUUUAGGAGAAAGCUCAGUGAUGCCUAGUAACGGCAAGGAGCCUUUGCAUACUUCCAUUAACGGCGAGGAGACUUUCGAUAUUUCCAUUAACCCCGAGGAGACUUUGGAUAUAUCCAUUAAUGGUGAGGAGCCUUUGGAUACAUCCAUUAAUGGCGAGGAGACUUUCGAUACAUCCAUUAACCAUGAGGAGCCUUUGGAUACAUCCAUUAACGGAGAGGAGACUUUCGAUAUUUCCAUUAACCCCGAGGAGACUUUGGAUAUAUCCAUUAAUGGUGAGGAGCCUUUGGAUACAUCCAUUAAUGGCGAGGAGCGUUUGGAUAUAUCCAUUAAUGGUGAGGAGCCUUUGGAUACAUCCAUUAAUGGUGAGGAGUCUUUGGAUACAUCCAUUAAUGGAGAGGAGCCUUUGGAUACAUCCAUUAAUGGUGAGGAGACUUUCGAUAAAUCCAUUAACCAUGAGGAGCCUUUGGAUACAUCUAUUAAUGGAGAGGAGCCUUUGGAUACUUCCAUUAACGGUGAGGAGACUUUCGAUACAUCCAUUAACGGUGAGGAGACUUUCGAUACAUCCAUUAAUGGUGAGGAGACUUUCGAUACAUCCAUUAAUGGCGAGGAGCGUUUGGAUAUAUCCAUUAACGGUGAGGAGCCUUUGGAUACAUCCAUUAACGGAGAGGAGACUUUUGAUAUUUCCAUUAACCCCGAGGAGACUUUGGAUAUAUCCAUUAAUGGUGAGGAUCCUUUGGAUACAUCCAUUAAUGGCAAGGAGCAUUUGGAUAUAUCCAUUAAUGGUGAGGAGCCUUUGGAUACAUCCAUUAACCAUGAGGAGCCUUUGGAUACAUCCAUUAAUGGAGAGGAGCCUUUGGAUACAUCCAUUAAUGGUGAGGAGACUUUCGAUACAUCCAUUUGCCAUGAGGAGCCUUUGGAUACAUCUAUUAAUGGAGAGGAGCCUUUGGAUACUUCCAUUAACGGUGAGGAGACUUUCGAUACAUCCAUUAAUGGCGAGGAGCGUUUGGAUACAUCCAUUAAUGGAGAGGAGCCUUUGGAUACAUCCAUUAAUGGUGAGGAGACUUUCGAUACAUCCAUUAACCAUGAGGAGCCUUUGGAUACAUCCAUUAACCAUGAGGAGCCUUUGGAUACUUCCAUUAACGGUGAGGAGACUUUCGAUACAUCCAUUAACGGUGAGGAGACUUUCGAUACAUCCAUUAACGGUGAGGAGACUUUCGAUACAUCCAUUAACGGUGAGGAGCCUUUGGAUACUUCCAUUAAAGGAGAGGAGCCUUUGGAUACUUCCAUUAACAGUGAGGAGACUUUGGAUAUAUCCAUUAAAGGCGAGGAGGUUUUGGAUAACUCCAUCGAUUUGCGUGAGUUGGAUGUUGUCCAGGAAGAUGAGAAAACCUGUGCUAGUGAAAAGACACAUCCCAGUCAUGAGGCAGAGCCACCGCAUCCACCUGCUGCUCCUCAUGAUGGUGAAUACACAGAUGCAGAGACAACGGUUAGGAGAAGCUCCCUCCUAAGUCAGAUAUUUCGCCGUGGAGCGUCCACCUGCCAUGACUGUGUAUCUUCUCGUGCUCCAGCCCCAACUCCUGGUCGCCUCUUUAAUAACCCUCUAGGGGCUAUUUGUCAAGAUGGCAAUCUGCCGACUUCAAUUCUGACUAUGCUGUCUCUCCUGGAGGAAACUGGACCUGCUGUUGAAGGCAUUUUUAGUAAAUCAGGAAGUAUUGCAGAAUGCCAAGACCUUAAGGACAAGCUGGAUUUGGGAGAAGACGUAAAUCUGAGGGAGGAAUCCAUUGUUGUUGUGUCUUCAGUUUUAAAGGUAUUUGGGAAGGUGCCUGAGAAUGACGACCGGCAUGGCCAGCGCUAGAGUUUGCAUAACUCACUAAUGAGUACUCAGUCAGCAGCACUCCUAACAUGCCCUGAGUUCAUUACAAGCAGUGGCACACUGGAGUUUAUCUUGGUACAAUUUUUUGAGUAAAUUGAUUCCUGUCUCAGCAAUGAACUCUGCAGUCAUUGCCCCAAAAAUCCAUACAAGAGGGAUUUGUGCUCUGAGAUGAUUUAUGUUAAUUUACAUGAUGAAAAAUUAUAUCUGAUGUUUCCAAACUCUCAGCUGUCGCCAUGGCUACUGGGUUCUCUGCCUCCAACCACUGGGACCACAAAUAAAGAAAACCAUGGCAGAACUCUAUCUUCUACAAUGGUUUUGUAUUACAUUAAUAGGAAAUGCACUCUGUUAUGUUCGUUUUCUCACUUCUUCUAUCAUGACAUACCCUCAGCUCACACUAUUAUGAAUUGUCCCGACCCGCAGGACACUCAACGUGGGUCUGAUGAACACCUAGGAAAAAGAUGGGGGGGCAGGGGACACAAGGACAGAUGCCAAGACAAGAAUCUGAUCAAGGCGACAACCUUAUUCAUCCCAAAGGGAUUUAUAUAAUGGAAGGGAGGAGGGGAAGGAAUGGGUGAUGUGCUGUAGCUGCGAUGAACCUGGCGGAGCGAAGGUCAGUGGUAUAGGUAGGGCAUAGUGUGUCCUCUGGUAACCUA